AUGCCGCAGACGCAAGAUCAAAUGUACGGUUAUGAAGCAAAUUUCACCUGGUUGCAAGACGCCGCGCAAGCCAAACUGCCGCUCAUAGCUUAUCGCUUGCCGGAAUCGUCCACCCCCAACAUCGAGGAUUGGAUGUUUCUCAAUACAUCCGUCAAGGACGUGGAAUCGUCUGCCACCCCGGGAAUUCUUCUCCAAGAGUUUGUUGCCGAUCAAGCCAGCGUCUCCUCUUCGCCAGCAUCACAUUCUGUUGUGAUGCCGGCCCGGACAAGGGGCUUCGAAUUUCGCUCCCACCAUCCCGCACCACCGUCCUCGGUCAUGUCAAUGUCUGACGACCAUGCCUCGUGGAAUCUGGAUACCCUUGCUCGUCAGAUGCACAGCCCGGAUCCAGUAUGUCGUUCUUUGUCUGACACACCAAUCCGCUAUUCUCAGAAAUAUCUGUUGGAUUAUUUCCGCCGGUCUAUUGGUCCACAGUGUCACCUGGCUCACAACGACAACCCCUACGUUCGGCUCAUCCUACCCAUUGCGCUGUCAGCGCCUUCUGGACCACUCAUGCAGGCUCUCCUCUGUGCUUCCGCAAACCAACUACGACUACUCAGCGACCGUCGUUUCGAGAAAGAGGCCUGGAUGUACCGAGCCAAAACCCUGGGGCUGGUGCGAAGCGAACUAGACAACUUCAUGACUGGCUUGAGUCGGGAUACGACAUCGUUCGAGCAGCUUCUCGCAUCGGUCGUCAUGUUGUGUUUUGUCGAGAUAUCUAACGACGCUGCCGACACUUGGAUGGUUCAUUCGGCAUGUGCCCAGGUGCUCCUCUCGUCAGACCACAGAUACAGUGCUCGAUCAGCCGAACUAGACGACCUUUGCGACUUCGUACAUCUAUAUUUCGCAGCUCACGACGCUCUGGCUCGAACUUCCUGGAUCGAUCCCAGAAAACAAGACUGGCGUCUCCCCGUCAGCGAUGACCAUAACCAUAUCAACGGGCUUACGGGGUGCUCCAAGGAGCUGUUGAAUUUGAUCAUGGCAACAACCAAUCUGGCCAAUGCAAUCUCCGAUGCGGAACGACAUCCAAGGGAGGGAUCUAAUCGGAAUGCUGAGCAUGCUUUUUACGAUACCGGGCAAAGAGACGGGAUUGAAAGGCGCCUGCAUCAGAUUGAGCAAUGGCUUCCAUCGAAAUAUUUGUCACAGUCUGAAAGCUGUCCAUCACCAACAUCGAGCCUGUCUCCAUUCUCAGAACCGAACCGUCUCCACCGAUUGGAAAUAAUUGCAGAAGUCAAACGUCUAGCCGCUCUGAUAUACUUCUAUGCGCGGAUCGACCGAGCAACUCCUGAACAUCCCCAGAUUAUCCGACUCACGGCUUCUAUGCUCAACCUGCUACGCAAAGUGCCAGUCUCAGCCAAUGCACUUCUAUGGCCCUUGUAUAUCGUUGGCACCCUGGGGGUACAGAGCUGCCAAGACGAGCAUCGCGCCCUAGUCCUGGAGAGACUCGAGGCUCUGGAGAAAAGAAGGCAAUUGCGCAACGUCAAAGAUGUCCGUCAGGUGGUCGUGGAUGUUUGGAAGCAACGAGACCUGCAGACCCUCUCCUCCAGAGAGUUGUGCUGGAGUGAUAUAGCUAUCUGUCACGGCAAAAGGAUCAGCCUCGCUUGA